CUGUAUUUUGGAAAUAAUAACAGCUGCAAAGUUGAUUGAUUGCUGUAGUCAAUAAUUUAAGCUUAAUUCCUUAUUUGUAAAAUAAAAUAUGAAAAAAUUUAUAAUUGUGCUAUUGGCCGUUUUGGCCUUUGUGGCUGCUAGUGACGUAGACAGUUUCACUGAGAACGACUGGAAGAACUUCUUGGAAGAUAGAUCUAUUAGCGCCAGUGAUCGUGGUUUGAUUCUGAACGGUCAAGCCAAGAAAGCAGUUAACAAUCUGUUAGAACAAUUACCAUGCGGUUUUCCCGAAUAUGGCAUUCCUCCAUUGGCACCAUACACCAAUCCUGAUUUGGAAAUUCAUUUAGCCAGAUCCGUUGUUGAUUCUUUAUUACAAUUCCUACGUUUCCGUUUCGAUGGUUUGGAUAAUAUGAUUAUUAAGAAAUUGAAAGUCAGCUACACUUUCAAUAAGAAAGUAAAGUUCCAUUUUAUAUUCCCAGAAUUGAAGGCAAAAUCUCAAACUUUAAACACUGAUACUCUUGUUGAUAUGAUGAAGAAAUUGGGUCUUUCUGUGCGCUAUGAGGGUUCUGGUCCUAUGGAAUUCGCUUUAAGAAAUCUAUCAAUUGAGGGUCAAUUCAAAUAUAAAAUGCCCUUCAUUUUUGGUUCAAUUAAAAUUUAUAAAUUCGAAGCUACUGUUACCUUGGGUGGUGUAGAUUCUAAUAUCGGAGGUAUUUUGGGUAAUGGAAGCAUUAAUGAAUUGAUUAAUGAUGAAAUUGAAAGUGCCAUUCCCGCUUUCAUCAAUGGUAAUCAAAAGGAGAUUAGCGCCAUGAUUGAAGAGAUAUUUGUACCAACUGUUAAUGCUAAAUUGAAGGGCAAGAAAAUCUGGUAUUUGUUGGGUCAAUUGGGUAACUCAAACAAAAAAUGCAUUCCACCACCAGAACCUUGGUAAAUUGUAAUGUUUUAUUUUUAAUAUUACUUUUGUCAAACUUUUUGAAAUAAACGCUAUUGUUUUGGAUUA